CGCGGCGGUGGAAGACACAUACUCCUGCCAGCAGAGGGCGACCCUCGCCCUCGCGGCGUGUUCUGGGCCCACGACGCUUUCAGGCUCCCACGCUCGCUCCCGAGCGCGGCCCCGCCUGCCGCGUCACGUGACGCGGCCGCCGAACCAGAGCGGCCGGUCCCAAACCGAGCUAAAUUCGUUGCCAGUGGCCUCUGCGGGUGCCACCACAGAGGCUCAUCUGAAGGAGUGGGGAGGCUCGUGGAGCCGAUGCUUCCUCUUCCGAUUUCAGGUCGGCUCCUGUUCCCUCUCACCUUUCGCCGCUGCCGUCUCCCCGAGUGUUUGCAUGAGCUCUCUCGUACGGGGAGGCCCCGGUGACCAUGUAGGGAGGGAAGAGCGAGGAAGCUCCGGGAGUGAGGGACGAGGUCAGCGCUGUGUGCACGCCGGCGCCCACCACAUCCACAGUGCGGGCCGGGGGGCCCCUCGGCCCAGGUGGGACACUCGGGCCUGCAGUAGUGGCCUGGCACGGAGCUCCACGAAAUCUCGCGCGGUCUCGCGAGAGUCUAAGUUGAAGGAAUAUGGCGACGUCUAAUCUGUUAAAGAAUAAAGGUUCUCUUCAGUUUGAAGACAAAUGGGAUUUCAUGCGUCCAAUUGUUCUGAAGCUUUUACGCCAGGAAUCUGUUACAAAACAGCAGUGGUUUGAUCUGUUUUCGGAUGUACAUGCAGUCUGUCUCUGGGAUGAUAAAGGCCCAGCAAAAAUUCAUCAGGCUUUAAAAGAAGAUAUUCUUGAGUUUAUUAAGCAAGCACAGGCACGAGUACUGAGCCAUCAAGAUGAUACAGCUUUGCUAAAAGCUUACAUUGUUGAAUGGCGAAAAUUUUUUACACAGUGUGAUAUUUUACCGAAGCCUUUCUGUCAACUAGAGAUUACUUUAAUGGGUAAACAGGGCAGCAAUAAAAAAUCAAAUGUAGAAGACAGUAUUGUUCGAAAGCUUAUGCUUGAUACAUGGAAUGAAUCAAUCUUUUCAAAUAUUAAAAACAGACUUCAAGAUAGUGCAAUGAAGCUGGUCCAUGCUGAAAGGUUAGGAGAAGCUUUUGAUUCUCAGCUUGUCAUUGGAGUAAGAGAAUCCUAUGUUAACCUUUGUUCUAAUCCAGAGGAUAAGCUCCAAAUUUAUAGGGACAAUUUUGAGAAGGCAUACUUGGAUUCAACAGAGAGAUUUUAUAGAACACAGGCACCCUCGUAUUUACAACAAAAUGGUGUACAGAAUUAUAUGAAAUAUGCAGAUGCUAAAUUGAAAGAAGAAGAAAAACGAGCCCUACGUUAUUUAGAAACAAGACGAGAAUGUAACUCUGUUGAAGCACUCAUGGAAUGCUGUGUAAAUGCCCUGGUGACAUCCUUUAAAGAGACUAUCUUAGCAGAGUGCCAAGGCAUGAUCAAGCGAAACGAAACUGAAAAAUUACAUUUAAUGUUUUCAUUGAUGGACAAAGUUCCUAAUGGGAUAGAACCAAUGUUAAAAGACUUGGAGGAGCAUAUCAUCAGUGCGGGCCUGGCAGAUAUGGUAGCAGCUGCUGAAACUAUUACUACUGACUCUGAGAAGUAUGUUGAGCAGUUACUUACACUAUUUAAUAGAUUCAGUAAACUUGUCAAAGAAGCUUUUCAAGAUGACCCACGAUUUCUUACUGCAAGAGACAAGGCAUAUAAAGCAGUUGUUAAUGAUGCUACCAUAUUUAAACUUGAAUUACCUUUGAAGCAGAAGGGGGUGGGAUUAAAAACUCAGCCUGAAUCAAAAUGCCCUGAGCUGCUUGCCAAUUACUGUGACAUGUUGCUAAGAAAAACGCCAUUAAGCAAAAAGCUAACCUCUGAAGAGAUUGAAGCAAAGCUUAAAGAAGUGCUCUUGGUACUUAAAUAUGUACAAAACAAAGACGUUUUUAUGAGAUAUCACAAAGCUCAUUUGACACGACGUCUUAUAUUAGACAUCUCUGCUGAUAGUGAAAUUGAAGAGAAUAUGGUAGAGUGGCUAAGAGAAGUUGGUAUGCCAGCAGAUUAUGUAAACAAGCUUGCUAGAAUGUUUCAGGACAUAAAAGUAUCUGAAGAUUUGAACCAAGCUUUUAAGGAAAUGCACAAAAACAAUAAAUUGGCAUUACCAGCUGAUUCAGUUAAUAUAAAAAUUUUGAAUGCUGGUGCCUGGUCAAGAAGCUCUGAAAAAGUCUUUGUCUCACUUCCUACUGAACUGGAGGAUUUGAUACCUGAAGUAGAAGAAUUCUACAAAAAGAACCAUAGUGGAAGAAAAUUACAUUGGCAUCAUCUCAUGUCAAAUGGAAUUAUAACAUUUAAGAAUGAAGUAGGCCAAUAUGAUUUGGAGGUAACAACGUUUCAGCUGGCUGUAUUGUUUGCAUGGAACCAAAGACCCAGAGAGAAAAUCAGCUUUGAAAAUCUAAAACUUGCAACUGAACUCCCUGAUGCUGAGCUUAGGAGGACUCUAUGGUCUUUAGUAGCUUUCCCAAAGCUCAAACGGCAAGUUUUAUUGUAUGAACCUCAAGUCAACUCACCCAAAGACUUUACAGAAGGUACCCUCUUUUCAGUGAACCAGGAGUUCAGUUUAAUAAAAAAUGCAAAAGUUCAGAAAAGGGGUAAAAUCAACUUGAUUGGACGCUUGCAGCUCACUACAGAAAGAAUGAGAGAGGAAGAGAAUGAAGGAAUAGUUCAACUAAGAAUACUGAGAACCCAGGAAGCUAUCAUACAAAUAAUGAAGAUGAGAAAGAAAAUUAGUAAUGCUCAGCUGCAGACUGAAUUAGUAGAAAUUUUGAAAAACAUGUUCCUGCCACAAAAGAAAAUGAUUAAAGAGCAAAUAGAAUGGCUAAUAGAGCACAAAUACAUCAGAAGAGAUGAAUCUGAUAUCAACACUUUCAUAUAUAUGGCGUAAUUUUGAAUAUCAUGGACAAUAUUAAGAACCCAAAUUUUGGAGUGCUUCGGCAGAAAGUUCUUACAGUUUGUGCUAGGGGAAGGUUUAGUUGGACUUUGAUUACAUAAAUAUUAAAAUCUCUGCCUUACCUAACAAAACAACUAUAUUUUGCCAAUCACAUUAGUUAGCAUGGUGGCAUUCCUUUCAUGUUGCACCACUCUGUUUUAACAGCAUGCUGUUUUGUGAGAAACUUGCAUUCACAAAGAGCCCAUUAUGAGCUUUUAAAAUCCUGGUUUAUACCCACCAGAAGAAAUAACAGUUGGGAGGGUGAAAGUGGGGUUCUUGUUGCUUUUUUUUCCUUUUUUUUCUCCUGUCUUAGAAAAAUGUAUUUGCACAAGGAAGGAUCUUCAGAUGUUUGUGCACUGAAAAAUGCUGUUAUGUUUUGUUUUUUUUUUUUAAUUCAAUUAAAACUAGAAAUAGCACUCUUGAUUUCUUUUGAUCAAAAGAGUGAGCUGGUCUACACAACAUUGGGACAGGGCAGAUAUAGAUGAACAGAUAAGUAUUUAGUAUUAUCAUAUGUUCAAACACUGCUUCAGUAUAACAACUGGAUUUUAGUGGUGACUUCAAAGUGAUAGUAAAUUUUUCCAACUAAGAAAUGUUGGCUUUCGUUAAGCAGGAGACUACUAUUUUAGUUGUUCAUUGUUAAAUGGAGUGGUUUUUUUUUUUUUAAUCUUAUAUGGCCAGAGAGUUUGUUUUGAAAAAGUGCAGCUCAUAUUGUUAUUUUAGUUGUUUAAAAAAAUGUAUGGAGAUAGAUUAUUUCAACUUCAGAGUCAAAAAUAGCAAAACUCGCAUAUUAAGUGUUUACUAAGACACUUAAUAUUAUAUACCUAAUAUUUAUUAUGCUACACUCAAAUUCAUUAAAAAAUAAGGCAGAAAUCUCCUGCUUUAAUAUAAUACAAUUAUAUAACUGACCUCUUAAUCUGUAGCAUAGAAAUACUUUGAAGUUUUAAAGUCUCAUUAUUAGGGAUUUGUAGCCUCAGGUUUCUGGAAAGGAAGACAUUCUGUUUUAAAAAGUAAUAAUUAUCAGUCACCUAGGAGGUAAAGAAAAACCACAACAUAGACCUGAAAAGCAUAAGCAGAAUUGUUGCAAUCUUAAUAUGAACAAUAAACUUGCCAAAUAAUAUGUAUAUAUAUAUUUAUAUAUUUUGAAAGUAAACAUUUAAAUAAUGUUCAGAACCAACACUUAAACUUCUUUCUUUCAGUCAAUCCAAAGUAGCAACUUUUUAGUUGCUGGCAACUGAAUACCCAGAGUAAUGGAGAUUUUAGGACUUGAAGACAUGAACAACUUAAAAAAGGAAAACUUAUUCCCCACUGGGAAAGAAUGGCUCAACAUGGCUUUUAUUCAUUGUGGUGCCCAUUUCAAAACUUUUCUUGCAAAUUAUAUUUUAUUUGAUAUUAAGUAAUAUUUUAAAUGAUUUUGAUGAUAGUAGAAAAUGAAGUGCGGGAGUGUUGAACAGCAUACAGUAUUAUUGCAGAGUGCUUUUAACAGCAUUUCAUGGAAUCUGUCCCCAGUCCCAAGAGGCUUUGUGAGAUGGCCUGAUGAAGGAAAGCAAAUUUAAAGCAUUUAAGGUUUUGCUGGUUAUAGUCAAAGACCUAUUCUGAAAUUCACAGGAAAAUCUUACACUUGAGCUCUUAGGUAGCAUAUGGCAAUGACAAAGAAUAUUGUGAAGAUUAGUCUAAAUUAGUGCUUACUGUUUUCUUUGACUAGCUGACUGUUAACAAUGGAAUAAAUUUGGAAUUUUAAAAAACUGAUACUUUGGUAAUAAUUGUGGCCCUUAUGUUUAACCAAUAGUUUGGUAUCAGCAUAUUUGCUUAUCUAGUACAGGAACACCAAAGGAAGAAGCAAUGGAAAGAAAAAUUAUAGUCCAUUUCUUAAAGUUUAAAAUUUGUUGAUGUUUUAAACCAGAAUUGUUCUCAAAACUUGUUUGGAAUUUCUAAUCUUUUUCAGUCAUUUAAGAAUGAGAGCCAUGAUGUUUUGAUUUAUAAAGGUAAAUUUAAUGCAAAAGUGGGUAACUCUAAAUCCAUAGCAAAGUUUUCUAUAAAAUUUUAUAAAUUUUUUAAUAGCUUAUUAUGUCCUAGUUGUAUAUUGGGGAAUAGAACAGCAGCAAAUACUGUAGACUUACAGUUUUCAUCAUUUUUUCUUUAUGUAUACAAACGUUUAUCUAACUACAAUUUGGUGUUCAUGAAAAUCAUUUAGUUGACAAGGUGCCUAUUCCACUGUUGAAUUUUCUUUAAAUAUAUUUUGACAAUAAAUUUGCUAAUUAAAAAUUUUAAGAAAAAAAGGAUCUGGAAACAAAAACCUACCAGCAAUUUGCUAAAGGUCCAGAAUCACUGUUAGUAUCCUUUAAUAAUAAGUCCCUUUUCUCUAAUGUGAACUAAAAAUUAGUGCUAUCUGAGCAGGGAUGAAAUCUGAUAUAGUUAAGGGAAAAUGUAUACAAAUGUAUGUAUAUUUUUUUUUCAUGAGCAGUAUGGCAAUAGGACACUUCAGAAUAAGAUUUGAGCAUUCAUCUUCUAAUAUAAAGGUGAAGCCAUCUUGCAAGUACUAACCUUUAUUACCAUCUCAUUGCCAGAGUAAGCAGAUAGGAAGCAAAACUUUCCAAGUGAAAAUAUAGAACAAUUUUAAUGCUUAAAAUGAGUUAAAUAUUUAGAAUAUUACUGUUCCAGUGAUUUAAUGAGGAUCUUGAAAUAAAUUCUGAAGUCUUCCAAUUUUUACAUUUAUUGGAGGGAUCCCUGCAUUCUGGCAAACUUUAUUUAAAUCUCUUUACUCUUAUUUUGUGCAUAAAUGUUAAAAUUUCCAAAAAGGAAAUGUUAGCUUUCUUAAAUUACCUUUUAUUAAAUUUAAUACAAAAUAUGACUGGAGUAGUUUAAAAGUAUUUUGCAUUAUUUGCAGUAGGAUAUCAUUGGCCCUGCUCAAAGGGCAAAUUUUAAAGAUUCAAUUUGUGUGAAAGAUCUGCUAGUUUUCCAGAAAGAUUUGCUAUCUUAAACUCAAGCUUGUUUUUUCUAUUUUCAUGUAAAUGACUGGGAUGCUGUCUUAUAAACUCUUCCAAUGUUAUGUUGGUGAAAUAAACACUACAAUGAGA